AUGAAGCAUAUCGAAAACUUGACAGAGGCCUUCGGGCAGAUUUCCCGAAACAGCUGGGUCGACAACAAAGAGUUCCUCGGGCAGGUUCCCCUGAUCAGCUGGGUCCAGCUGGGUGCCGUGUUGACCACUGCCUACCUCGUCGUGCGCGCCGUCUACCUGCUCUAUUUCCACCCCUUGGCCAAGUUUCCGGGCCCCAAAGUCGCAGCGCUCACGGAUAUUUGGUACAUGUAUCACUGGUUCACUGGAAGAUACCCAUGGGCAAUUGAAGCCGUUAUCAAGGAAUACGGUGAUGUCGUACGCAUCGCGCCGAACGAGGUUGUCUUCUUCCGCGCAGAGGCCAUGAACGACAUCAUGAUGAGCGGCACCAAGGGAAGACCGGUCUUCAGAAAAUCGGACUUUUACUUCAGAAUUGGAGCACACACCGGAAUCGCGGCGGAACAGGAUCCGGAGAAGCACCGAAUUAUUCGCAAGUGGAUGGCUCCGGCUUUCUCUCCCCGUGCCCUCAAGGAGCAGGAUCCCGUCCUGCACAGGGUGAUUGACAAUGGCAUCGACAAGUUGGCGACUAAGGGUAACACACCAGAAGGCUUGGACAUGACUGCCUGGUGCGACUGGAUCGCCUGCGACCUAGCUGGAAGCCUGGGCUACGGCUGGGACUACAAGAAUAUGGAGAACGAGUCCUCCAACUCUCUCCGAUGGUUCAACUCCUCCAUGUUUUGGGUCACCCUGGACCAGGCCUUCAAGCGCUUCCCGCUCCUCCACCCGCUCGUCUACCUCGCGCUGCCGCCCAACCUGGUCCGGUUCCUGCUCGAGCACAAGCGCAUCGUCCGUGACCGCGUUAAGAACUACAAGGACUACAAGCAACGCGACUACUUCAGCUCGCUCGUCCAGGAAGGCAAGACGCCGCCCAACGAGAACGUGGACUGGAUCCUGGCGCAGGCCGUCCACGUUUUCGUCGGCGGCCUGGAUCCGGACACGCAGCUGUUCUGGUCCGCGAUCCUGUUUCUCACGCAGAACCCCGACAAGCUCAAGAAGUUCACCGACGAGGUCAGGGGCAAGUUUGCGAGGUACGAGGACAUUGAGGACGAGGAGCUCACGCACCUGCCCUGGCUCAAGGCCGUCAUUGAGGAGUCGCUGCGUCUGCACACCAACGGAGCCUUUGGGCAGCCGCGCAUCAGCCCCGGUGCGACCGUGGAUGGGCACUACAUUCCAAAGGGAGUUAAGGUUCAGACCUCCCUCUUCGCCGCCUUCCACAGCGAGCGCUACUGGCACAAGCCGCGCUCCUUCUGCCCGGAGCGCUGGCUCCCGUCCACGGACCCCGACUACGACACCGUCUUUGACAAGGACGUGCACGACUGCUUCCGGCCCUUCAGCGCGGGCACCCGCAGCUGCAUCGGGCAGAACAUGGGCUACCGCCAGGCGCGCGUGCUGCUGGCUAAGAUGGCCUGGAAGCUUGACUGGGAGAUUGCUAACGCCGACGAGUUCGACUGGGAGCGCGACAUCCGCCUGUACGCCAUCUGGACCCGACCCAUCUUCAAGGCGCGAUACCGGCUGUCGGACGUUGCCAAGGCUGCCGCUGCGGAGCAGGAAGAGAAGCCCAUUGCUGCUUGA